AUGGUGGGCCACCUGCACCUGCAAGGAAUGGAAGGGAGUCUGAAAGAGAAGAGCCGGGAGGGCCUGCUGGACAGUCCGGAUUCCGGGCUGCCUCCCAGCCCUAGUCCCCCUUUCUACACCCUGGUUCCCGGGAUCAUCGGGGGCAGCAGCACGGGGACGGAUCACCCAGGACAUGGGCCCAGAAAGGAAGCCAAGGAAGGCAAAGUGAUGCCUUACCUUCUUGUGAACUCUUCUGUGCCAGAGAUGAGGCCUCGAAUGUUCCCGGUGUUCUUUGGCGAAAGCAUUGAGGUCAACCCUGAACCUGUGCAGGAAAUUAGAUGCAACUCGGAGGUGAAAUAUGACUCAGAGAAACACUACAGGGACGACAUCUUCUACGGACCCAUCCCCACCAUAACUGCCUACAGUGAGACGGUCAUCGCCACGCCAAACUGCACCUGGAGGAACUACAAGUCGCAGCUGAUCUUCGAGCCCCGACAGAAGCCCCUGCGGUUCCAGAGCACAACCAUCAUCUUCCCCAAACGCACCAAGAACAUUUACCGAACCACCCUCACCUACAGCCUGGGCUGUGCCAAGCGCUGGUUCGCAUCCAGCGUGCAGCUGGAGCUGUGCGAAGAAACCAGCCCCUGCGUCAUCUACAGCGAGACCCUUUCGUCCGCCCGUGGGGAGCUCUGA